GAGAGAGAGAGAGAGAAGAGAGAGAGAGAGAGAGAGAGAGAGAGAGAGAGAGAGAGAGAGAGACCGCCGGAAAAGUAAUUUUUGGUGCCAUUUUCCCCCCUUUGCAGAGCGCACAGAAGUUCGAAUCAAAUGUGAUGGGAAGCGGAGUCUCCAGCCUCUUCUCGUGCCUUAAGCCGGAGACUCGCCCCGCCGCCCUUCCAGCCGACAAUUCCGACCUCCUCUUCUCUGCCUCCGAGCCUCUCGAUGAAACCCUAGGCCAUUCCUUCUGUUACGUCCGCUCUUCCAACCGCUUCCUCUCUCCUUCUCAUUCCGAUCGCUUUCUUUCCCCUUCUCAGUCGCUUCGUUUUUCGCCUCCUCACGAACCGCUGCCGCUCGGGACUAGGACUAGAACUGGCCUGCCGGAGACUGCCUUCAAGGCCAUCUCCGGCGCUUCUGUCAGUGCCAAUAGUUCUAUUCCCAGAUCUGUUUUUAUGGUCGAUAGUGUUUACGACGAUGCCACUGACACUGCACUUGGGGCUUGUGGUAGUGGCUGUGGAGUGAGAGGGAGUAUUUUGAAUGGCUUCGAGAGUACAUCUUCUUUUACUGCUCUUCCGCUUCAGCCGGUGCCGAGAGGUGGUACCGAACCUUUGGAGCGAGGUGGGUUCUUUCUCUCUGGUCCAAUUGAGCGUGGGGCGCUGUCUGGUCCGCUCGAUGCAAAUGUCGAUGGUGGUGGUGGUUGUGGUGGCGGCGCUGGUGGUGGCGGUGGUGGCAGUGGCGGUGCUGGGAGAGUUCAUUUCUCCGCUCCGCUGGGUGGGAUGUACGUGAAGAAGAAGAGGAAGAAGAGCAUUUCGGGGUUUAGGAAGGCAUUUACGAGGAAUUUUUCAGAUAAGCGGCCGUGGGUUGUGCCGGUGUUGAAUUUCGUUGGCCGGAAGGAUAGCUCGACGGCGGGAGAUGAGCCGGAGGUGAGGAAUGAGAGUGAUGUUCAAUGGGCGCUUGGGAAGGCUGGGGAGGAUCGGGUACAUGUGGCUGUAUCGGAAGAGCAAGGGUGGUUGUUUGUUGGGAUUUAUGAUGGAUUCAAUGGCCCUGAUGCGCCUGAAUUCUUGAUGGGUAAUCUCUACAGAGCUGUCUUCAAUGAGCUUCAGGGAUUGUUUUGGGAAAUUGAUGAUAACGAUGAGGCUGCUAAUUCCAACCCUUCAAACAUUGCUGAAGAGAGUACAGUCAGUGUGAACGAAACUAAUGCUGACCCCUCUUCCAGAGCCUCUAGUCAAAGGAUUGAAACUAAUGGAAAUGAAGCGGAAGUGGAACCACCGGCUACUGAUCGAGGAUCGGUCAAGAGGGUUACAUUUCAAUCCGAGGUUGGAUCGGAGAACAGGAGGAGGCGGCGGUUAUGGGAGUAUUUAGCGGAGGAUGAUACACAAGAUGGACUUGAUCUUUCGGGGUCGGAGAGAUUUGCAUUUUCGGUCGACGAUGCGCUUAGUGUAAAUAGUGCAGGUUCAGUAGCUGGUAGAAGGUGGCUGUUAUUGUCCAAGUUAAAACAAGGGUUGUCAAAGCAUAAGGAGGGUAAUGUUAAGACUUUGUUCCCAUGGAAGUAUGGUUUGGGAGAUAAGGAGAAGGCUGAGGCUGAGAAUAGGGUGGAAGAGACAUCUUAUCGAAGUGGUAAGAGGAGAAAGGAAGGUUUAAUUGAUCAUAAGUUGGUGUUGGGGGCACUAUCACGAGCUCUUGAGAUAACUGAAUUAGCAUAUUUGGAUAUGACAGAUAAGUUGCUUGAUACCAAUCCAGAGCUUGCUUUGAUGGGUUCUUGCUUACUGGUUGUGUUAAUGAGGGAUGAAGAUGUGUAUGUAAUGAAUUUGGGUGAUAGCCGUGCCAUUGUUGCACAGUAUGAGCAACAAAAAGUUGGCCCUAGUGAAGACAUGAAGGAGGAGGGCGACAAAGGGACGGGCAUGGAGGGUAUAAUUGAGGAGUCUACAACGAGCGAAGGGAAAAUAACUCGAACGAAUCAACCUUCAGCUCAGACGACGAGAUUGACUGCAUUGCAGCUAUCCACCGAUCAUAGCACGAGCAUUGAAGAAGAAGUAAGAAGAAUAAAGAAUGAGCACCCUGAUGACAAACGGUGCAUUGUCAACGAUAGAGUGAAGGGUCGUCUAAAGGUUACGAGGGCGUUUGGUGCAGGAUUUUUGAAACAGCCAAAAUUAAAUGAUGUCUUACUGGAAAUGUUUCGGAACGAGUAUAUUGGUACAGCGCCAUAUUUAUCAUGCUUACCUUCUCUUCGUCACCAUAAACUUUGCCCCACGGAUCAAUUCAUCGUGCUCUCAUCUGAUGGGCUAUAUCAAUAUCUAACCAAUGAAGAAGUAGUUUCCUAUGUUGAGAACUUUAUGGAGAAGUUUCCAGAUGGAGACCCUGCACAGCACUUGAUAGAGGAGCUUCUUUGCCGUGCAGCCAGAAAAGCAGGAAUGGACUUUCAUGAAUUGUUGGACAUCCCACAGGGGGAUCGGAGAAAGUAUCAUGAUGAUGUUACUGUUAUGGUCAUUUCACUUGAAGGAAGAAUCUGGAAAUCCUCAGGAAAAUAUCUUUGAAAAACUUCUGUAAAUCACAGGUGAAGUGAAACGACAUUUGCGCAUUUGACCCAGAUGGCACUCUGUAAGUGGUAUGAAAUUGCACUGAUUGCCUUAUGUUCUUUAACAUCUCAAGUACCAUGCCUGACUGAAGAAAUUGAGUGCACACAGACAAUAUCGACAACAGGGUACCGUUGGAUGAACGUUCCUGAACGUGUGCCUUCGUUGGAGGAUGAACAACAAGCAAUUGUCAAAUGGGAUUUUUGGUAUAUGAUGCCUUUUACAAGGAAAAAUCUUAACUUCUCUUUCAUUUUCUAUUUGUUAUCUGUUAUUUCCUUCCUCAUUUAGACGCCUCUAAUAAGGAAGAGAACACAUUUUUGCUUAGGGUACAGGCACUUGCCAUUCAUUUGUGCCUUUUUCUCAUUUUAGAUCCAAAAAGAACAAAAAAAGAAAAAAAGAAACGUGCUUGUAAAUUGGUGGGGGGUAUAAUUUUACUUGCUGGAAAACUGAGCAGUCCCUUGUGUAUGGUGGAUUCCACCACUGCGGAUUAUAGAGGAAAAUUUUAUUCUA